UUUGAAAAAAAAAGAAAAUUACUCAUUUUAUUCCAAAAAAGGAACUAAUUAAAUAAAAAGCCGUAACAGUAUCAGAGAUUGUGCCUCCAGCCAGCUACACGCCGUCGGUGCUUGCAGAAGACGACUCUGUCCCUUAGAAGAUGAGGAAGCUAAAGUUUCAUGAGAAGAAACUGCUAAAAAAGGUUAACUUUUUAGAAUGGAAGAGAGAAGGUGGGCAGAGGGAAAACCUAGUAAUGCAUCGUUAUCACGUUACCGGCAGAGACGAUUACAAAAAGUAUUCGCGUUUGUGUAGAAAAGUGCAGAAGCUGGUCAGCAUACUUAAACAGAUGGAUGCGCGAGAUCCUUAUCGAAUCCAGAUGACUGAUAACCUUCUUGAAAAACUGUACAACAUGGGCGUUAUUCCAUCUCGUAAAAGUUUGGCUCUGUGUGAGCGCCUCUCCGUAUCAUCCUUUUGUCGACGUAGGCUUGCCACCGUCUUGGUGAGAUUGAAGUUUGCAGAGCACUUGAAAGAAGCAGUUACCUACGUUGAACAAGGGCAUAUUCGUGUCGGACCUGAUACCAUCACUGAUCCAGCAUUUCUCGUAACAAGAAAUAUGGAAGACUUUAUAACGUGGGUAGAUACAUCGAAGAUACGAAGGAAGGUCUUGGAGUACAACGAUAAGCUGGAUGACUACGGUUAGUGAAUCAGAGUGUGGAAUGAUGGAUAAAACCGGCCCUAGAAGAAGCAAAAGACUGAUGAAGAUAGAUUUGUUGACAAAGCUACCGCAACAGAUGACGAUAGCGAUCCUGGGAUGACUUCCGAUUAGAUGCAUUAUGAGGUGCAAGUGCGUUUGUAAAUCAUGGCGCAAUCUCAUAGAAGGGGCAACUUUGCGACGUCUUAUACUCUGACACCAUGGCUGGCUUUCGUUCAUUGGUCCUUGGGGUACGCAGUCUGUGAUGACCCCCACAGACCACUUUACCGGUUCGACUUGCCUCAUUCUCACAAUCGUAUUGUAAUUGAUUCAGCUAACGGUUUGCUUUUGUUGAGAGAUGGAUGCGCUAAUAUUCUUUUCAUAUGCAAUCCGAUGACUCGUGAAUAUGCCGAGCUUCCUCCUCUGCCCGCCCGUAGUUGCUUUUACGGAUUUGGAGUGAGCAAAUUAACCGGACAGUAUAAGAUUUUAUGUGCUAAUCAAUUUUGGUCCUAUUGUAUAUACACUAUAGGACAAGAAGAAGAAUUGUGGAGAAGCAUCGCAGCACCACCGUGCAAUACAGUGCAUAGUGAUUAUGCUGUAUUUUUUAAUGGAAAUCUUCACCGGUUGGAAUAUGAUUUCAAGAAGAAUCUAUUUGUUUGCUGUUUUGACCUUGACACCGAGCUAUUUACUGGUUUUUCUCUUCCCAAUUAUGGCGGCAACAAAUUUAGCAAUUAUCGACUAUGUACUUUGGACGGUAAGUUAUGUUUCUGCCACAUGUUAGAGAAGUUUGAUGUUGUUAUCUGGUGGAUGAACAAUUAUGGAGAUGAGAAUUCUUGGACAAGGGAAUAUAACUUCUCCGGCAUGUCAUAUAUGUAUGGAUUUGUUUAUCCACUCAAAAUAUUGGCAAACGGC